UAUUAUAAUUUUUAUGCUGAAAUCGGGAAAAUCUAGAUUUUAUAUUACAUCAUAUCGUCAAAAUAAUACUCCUUAUCACAAAUGUUUUCAAUUUUAUUUCAACAAAAUUGUAAAGGUGGUUGUCUAAAUGGGAAUGACCUUACUAAAUUUUAACACGCAACUACUGAUUGGUGUGGGAAGAUGGUGAUACGAUAGGCCGAUGCAAAUGGAGCUUUAAUAGUGCGGCUUGUUGCUUAUAUUGUUUCUAAGGAACAAAUAAGUUUUCUUAAUUUUGUAAUACUUGAGAUUUUUCUCGUUUAAUUUUUAUAGCGUGAGAGUGAGUGGCUAUAAACACAAUCAACAUAAUAACUGCUGUUAUUGAUUUUUUCAUUCCCUAACCUGCCUUUUCCACCACGUGGGAUAUACUUUUCUUAUUUUUAAAUGGUUAAAAACCAGGAAAAUCACUCAAAUAAUAUGGGUGACCAGAAUCAUAAUUCUAAUAAUAGUACAGUUGACAUGGAUCUUGAAGAUGGUCUCUGUGCCUUUGAGUUGAUGAAUAAAGGCAAUGGUCUUACGUAUAAUGAUUUUAUUAUUCUGCCAGGUUAUAUAGAUUUUCCACCAUCGGAAGUUGAUCUUUCUAGUCGUCUUACGAAAAAAAUCACUCUUAAAGCACCAUUUGUUUCAUCCCCAAUGGAUACAGUCACAGAAGCUGACAUGGCCAUAGCCAUGGCUUUGUGUGGUGGCAUAGGAAUAAUUCAUCACAAUUGCCUUCCCUCGUACCAAGCCAAUGAAGUAUCAAAAGUGAAAAAGUAUAAACAUGGUUUCAUCCAUGACCCAGUAGUUCUUUGUCCAACAAACACUGUAUCUGAUGUACUUAAAGUAAAAAGUGAGCAUGGAUUUUGUGGAAUUCCUAUUACAGAAAAUGGAAAAUUAGGAGGAAAAUUAGUAGGAAUAGUAACUUCAAGGGAUAUUGAUUUUUUGGAUGACAUUAACUUUCAGAGUAUUAAACUAGAACAAAUAAUGACAAAACUAGAAAAUUUAGUGACUGCACAAUCCGGGGUCACACUAACAGAAGCCAACCAUAUUCUAGAAAAAAGUAAAAAAGGAAAAUUGCCGAUUGUAAAUGCGCAAGGUUGUCUGAUUGCUCUUAUGGCUAGAACUGACUUGAAAAAAGCCAAGAGCUAUCCUAUUGCAUCCAAAGAUGACAAUAAACAGCUUAUUGUUGGUGCAGCAUUAGGAACCCGAGAGGAAGAUAAAGCUAGGCUAGCACUUUUAGCUCAAGCAGGAGUUGAUGUGGUAGUACUGGAUUCUUCACAAGGAAACUCAAUCUACCAGAUAGAAAUGAUCAAGUACAUUAAAAGUAAUUUUCCCAAUUUGCAAAUUAUUGCAGGAAAUGUUGUUACACGAAAACAAGCUAAAAAUCUAAUAGAUGCUGGAGCAGAUGGUUUGAGAGUCGGAAUGGGUAGCGGAAGUAUUUGUAUAACACAAGAAGUGAUGGCUGUAGGAAGACCUCAAGCUACAGCUGUUUAUAAGGUCAGCCAGUAUGCUAAACAUUUUGGAGUACCCAUUAUUGCUGAUGGAGGUAUUCAAUCCAUAGGCCAUAUUACUAAAGCACUUGCUCUUGGUGCUUCAACAGUCAUGAUGGGAUCCUUGUUAGCUGGUACCUCAGAAGCUCCUGGUGAAUACUUCUUUUCUGAUGGCGUGAGACUUAAAAAAUAUCGAGGAAUGGGAAGCAUAGAGGCUAUGGACAGAAAAGAUGCCAUGGGAUCAGCUAUGAACAGAUAUUUCCAUAACGAGGUAGAUAAAUUGAAAGUAGCCCAAGGAGUUAGUGGCAGUAUUGUUGACAAAGGAUCAGUAUUGCGGUUUGUACCUUACCUACAGUGUGGGAUUAAACAUGGAUGUCAAGAUAUUGGUGUGAAAUCACUAAAUGAUCUGAGGGAGUGGAUGUCUACUGGUAAACUUCGUUUUGAACUCAGGACACAUUCUGCUCAAGCAGAAGGAAAUGUUCACAGUCUAUUCUCAUAUGAAAAGAGACUGUUUUAAAAUUUAAUCAAUAAGUGACGGCUUAUACAGCCUUUAUUUAUAUCCAUUUGAUUAUGAGAUUAUGUUUCAUAUUGUUUAAAAAAAAAUCUCGUAAGCAGUAAGUUUUGAUUCAAUAAAAAAUUCGCUCAAAUGCGAUAUAAUCAUUCAAAAGUUAUGGGGAUUGCACCAUUAAAAUUAUUUGGAAAUAUUUUAAAAGCUUAUGUCAUUUUAUGAUCAUUUUUAUAAAUUUUGAUACAGGGUGUUACUUUUUGUACAUAUUGAUUAAAAGUUGUGCUAAAUAAACGUAUUUUGUGCCAAAA